AUGUUAUUCUGUCCAACCUGUGCCAACAUUCUGGUGAUAUCAUCAGAGACGGGGUACAACAAAUGGGCUUGUAACACCUGUGCCUAUGAAUUCCCCAUUGCGAAGCAGAUGACGUCCAGAACAAAAUUGCAACGGAAACAAGUGGAUGAUGUACUGGGUGGAGAAGACACAUGGAAACAUGCUGACUCGACUCCGGCAACAUGCCCCAAAUGCGACAAUGACCGUGCAUAUUUUUAUCAAUUACAGAUUCGGUCCGCCGACGAGCCUAUGACAACAUUUUACCGAUGUACGACGUGCGCUCAUCAAUGGCGCGAAAAUUAG